AUGCAACAGUAUAAGAAGCUCGGUCAUAUGUCGCAAAUCGAAGAGAAUCGACCAAACAGGGCAAAGGAUAUAUACUAUUUGCCACAUCAGCCAGUAAUCAAAAGCAAUGCACUGACAACGCCCUUUUUGGCGGUAAGGUGUCUCAAGGAGCUAGCAAUUCAAGAGCAAAUCAAGUAUCCAGAAGCAGCUAAAGUGUUAAGAUACGAUUUUUAUAUGGACGACGUGCUCACAGGAGCGCACACUAUGGAAGAAGCCUGUCUGUUGCAGCAGCAAUUAAUGGAAUUACUCAAGGCAGGAGGUUUAACCUUCUACGAAGUGAAAGUAGGUGGAGAAGGUGGAGAACAAAUUGUAACCAAAAGACAAUUAUUAUCAUUAAUUUCGAAGAUAUAUGAUCCUCUGGGCCUCAUCGGACCUAUACUUGUGAUAGCCAAACAAUUAAUGCAGCGAGUUUGGAAGGAGCAGUUAGAUUGGGAUGAAGAAUUACCUGAUCAUCUACAUAAAGAAUGGUUAAGGUACCACAGUGCUAUCAAUUCAGCUCAAACACUUGUAGUUCCUCGUAAUGUUAAUCCAGGCAAUGCAUCUAUGGAUAUAGAAGUGCAUAUCUUCUGUGAUGCGUCGGAAAAGUCGUAUGGAGCUUGCGCUUAUGCAUGUCAUCAAGGGCGAGAGGGGAGCAUCGCCAUUCAAUUAAUGUGUUCAAAGUCCAGAGUAGCUCCUCUAAAGUCUAUUACAUUGCCUCGCUUGGAGCUGAAUGCCGCACAUUUAGCGGCCAAGCUGUUUGACAGCCUGGAGAGAACGCUAGGAGAAAGAAUCAGGACAGCAAGAUUCUGGACAGACUCGAUGAUUGUCUUAAGUUGGAUACGCACAGAAACGUAUAAACUAAAAACCUACGUGGCUAACAGAGUCUCGGAUAUUCAACAGAUUACAGCGGGCAAGAUCUGGAGUCAUGUACCAUCAAAACACAACCCAGCAGAUUUAUUAUCAAGAGGGAUUAGCACAAAAGAGUUGAGAGACAAUAGAUUAUGGUGGCACGGACCACAAUGGUUGACUCAGCCGGAAGAAGAGUGGCCAUCUCAGAAGACAGACAAAUUGGAAGAAACCCCAGAGCUUCGUCGAGAAGUAGUGCUCACAGCAAUUGCGGACAACCAUAUUUCAGAAAUUUUGAAAAAAUAUUCGUCUAUAAGUAAAUUGAAACGAGUCAUCGCUUACUGCAUGAGGUUUGGUAGUAAACUUAGAGGAGAGAAGAAAAAUGAAGAACUUACCAUAGAAGAAUUAGAAAGGGCGAUGUUAGUGAUAGUUCGUUUGGUGCAAGACCAAGCUUUCAAAAGAGAGAUAAACGAGUUGCGAUUAGGAAAGGCAGUUCAUCGAAAAAGCAAAUUACUGUCGCUUCGUCCAUUUCUCGAUAAAGAUGGACUCUUACGUGUAGGAGGCCGACUGCGGCAAGCCGAAAUUGAAUGGGAUCAAAAACACCCAUUACUGCUGCCUGCCAAGCAUUAUAUAACUACGCUUAUAUUCCAAGAAGAGCACAGAAGGUUACUGCAUUGUGGGCCAGAGCAGCUCUUAGCAUCAAUCAGACUUCGAUACUGGCCAAUAGCGGGCAGUAGCACGCAAGAUAACACGACAUUAUCUACCCAAGGAUCGUCUUCAAGGUUGUCUAAGGCAUUUGCAAUUAGCGGGGUAGAUUAUGCUGGACCGAUCCAAAUUAGAGAAGGAAAAAGAAGAGGAAGGAUACCUAUAUCAAAAGGAUAUAUAGCAUUAUUUGUAUGUUUCAAUACGAAAGCCGUUCAUUUGGAAGCAGUAACGAAUCUGACCACUGAAGCCUUCUUAGCAGCUCUAAGAAGAUUUACAGCCCGAAGAGGACUUUGUAGGAUACUGUACUCGGACAAUGCCAAGAAUUUUGUAGGAUCUUCAAGAGAGUUAAAAGAAGUCCACCAGUUCAUGAAGGAUCGAGCCGAUCAGAUCAAAACCGGCAUGGUGACACAAGGUAUUGAAUGGAAAUUUAUACCGCCGCGAUCUCCAAAUUUUGGAGGGUUAUGGGAGGCGGCCGUUAAGGCCACUAAACGACACUUAUAUAUAGCCACGCGUAAUCUCAUAUUGACAUAUGAGGAACUCAGCACUCUUCUGGCUGAAAUUGAAAGCAUAUUAAAUUCACGUCCCUUGACCCCGUUGUCCUCUCACCCUAACGACCUAACAGCAUUAACUCCUGCCCAUUUCCUACUUGGAGACUCGCAAUCAGAACCAAUGCAAGGAAACUUAUUAGACGUGCCAAAUAACGCUGUAUCAAGAUGGCAACACCAACAAAAAAUUAAACAACAUUUUUGGAUCCGUUGGAAAAAAGAGUAUUUGCACCAACUACAAAUGCGUACAAAAUGGUACCACGACGCCACGAAGCUGGAGCCUGAAGCAAUGGUAAUAAUGAUGGAUGAACAAACACCGCCGCUUAAAUGGGCCUUAGCGCGAAUACUGGAGUCACCCAGGGGAUGA